AUGUAUUAUUUGUCAAUUGCCCCGUUGAAUAAAUCGGAGGCGUUCGGAUUGGCGGCCAAAGACGAAUCCGGUGUUCUCUCGCCUUUCCGUUUCACAAGAAGGGAGACGGGAGAGAAAGAUGUGAGGCUUAAAGUUUUGUUCUGUGGGAUUUGCCAUACUGAUAUAUGCAUGGCCAAAAACGAGUGGGGAAUUACUACUUACCCUCUCGUCCCAGGGCAUGAGAUUGUUGGCGUGGUGACUGAAGUCGGAGCAAAGGUGACUAAAUUCAAGGCCGGAGACAAAGUAGGAGUUGGUUAUAUGAUCAGCUCGUGCGGGUCAUGUGACACCUGCACCGAUGACCAAGAGAACUACUGUCCGAAAAUGGUCGUAACGUCCGGAGGCAAGUACUACGAUGACACCAUAACUCAGGGUGGUUACUCCGACCACAUAGUUUGUGAAGAGGAUUACAUCAUCCGCAUCCCGGAGAAUCUCCCAUUAGACGCUGCGGCGCCGCUACUCUGCGCCGGGGUCGCGGUCUAUUCCCCGUUAAAGUAUCACGGGCUCGACAAGCCCGGUAUGCACAUUGGUGUGGUGGGACUAGGCGGUUUAGGUCACGUAGCUGUGAAAUUCGCUAAGGCUAUGGGUCUUAAGGUUACGGUUAUAAGUACUUCGGAUAGGAAGAGAGACGAGGCGAUUAGUCGGCUUGGCGCGGAUCAGUUCUUGGUGAGCAGUGACCCAGAACAGAUGAAGGAUGCAACGGGGACUAUGGAUGGUAUUAUCGAUACCGUAUGUGCGACUCAUCCGCUUGUUCCGCUGCUUGGUUUGCUUAAGUAUAAAGGAAAACUCGUUAUGGUUGGUGCACCCGACAAACCACUUGAGCUUCUGGUUUUUCCUCUACUCUUUGGGAAGAAGAUGGUGGUGGGAAGUAUGAUAGGAGGGAUAAAGGAGACUCAAGAGAUGAUAGAUUUGGCCGGAAUACACAACAUCACGGCGGAUAUUGAGCUUAUCUCUGCGGCUUAUGUUAACACUGCCAUGGAACGGCUUGCGAAAGCCGACCCCAAAGGGGAAACAACGUUCGGUACAAAGAGAGGCCCAGAAGGCCCAUUAUACAAAGACGAAGAAAAUAAAUAUACACGUGAUCUCGAUUCGGUUCUUGAGAAGGAGGCGUUCGGAUUGGCCGCAAAAGACGAAUCCGGUGUUCUCUCGCCUUUCAGUUUCUCAAGAAGGGAGACGGGAGAGAAAGAUGUGAGGUUCAAAGUGUUGUUCUGUGGAAUUUGCCACACUGAUUUAAGCAUGGCCAAAAACGAGUGGGGGUUUACUAAUUAUCCUCUCGUCCCAGGGCAUGAGAUUGUUGGCGUGGUGACUGAAGUCGGAGCCAAAAUGACUAAAUUUAACGCCGGAGACAAAGUGGGAGUUGGUUAUAUGGUCAGCUCGUGCCGGUCAUGUGACACUUGCACUGAUGACCAAGAGAACUACUGCCCGAAAAUGAUCGUAACGUCCGGAGGCAAGUACUACGAUGACACCAUAACCCAUGGUGACGCUGCUGCGCCGCUACUCUGCGCCGGGGUCACGGUCUACUCUCCGCUGAAGUACCAUGGUCUCGACAAGCCCGGUAUGCACAUUGGUGUAGUGGGACUAGGCGGUUUAGGUCACGUAGCAGUGAAAUUUGCUAAGGCUAUAGGUACUAAGGUUACGGUUAUUAGUACUUCGGAUAGGAAGAGAGACGAGGCGAUUAGUCGGCUUGGCGCGGAUCAGUUCUUGGUGAGCCGUGAGCCGGAACAGAUGAAGGAUGCAAUGGGAACUAUGGAUGGUAUCAUCGAUACCGUAUCUGCGACUCAUCCGCUUCUUCCGCUGCUUGGUUUGCUUAAAUAUAAGGGAAAACUUAUUAUGGUUGGUGCACCCGAGAAACCACUCGAGCUUCCGGUUUUACCUCUCAUCUUUGGGAAGAAGAUGGUUGUGGGAAGUAUGAUAGGUGGAUUAAAGGAGACUCAAGAGAUGAUAGAUUUAGCCGGAAAACACAACAUCACGGCGGAGAUUGAGCUUAUCUCUGUGGAUUAUGUCAACACCGCCAUUGAACGGCUCGAGAAGGGCGACGUUCUUAAGAAAGAGGCGUUCGGAUUGGCCGCGCGAGACACUUCCGGAGUUCUCUCGCCUUUCCGUUUCGCUAGAAGGGAGACGGGAGAGAAGGAUGUCAGGUUCAAAGUGUUGUUCUGUGGAAUUUGUCAUACUGAUUUGCAUAUGGCCAAGAACGAGUGGGGAGUCUCUACUUACCCUCUCGUCCCCGGGCAUGAGAUCGUGGGCGUGGUGACUGAAGUAGGAGCCAAAGUGACUAAAUUCAGGACGGGAGACAAAGUCGGGGUCGGGUGCAUGGUCGGAUCGUGCGGUUCAUGUGACAGUUGUACCGAAGGUCUCGAGAACUACUGUCCAAAAAUGAUCCAAACGUACGGCGGACUCAAGUACUAUGAUGACACGAUAACCUACGGUGGUUACUCCGACCACAUGGUUUGCGACGAAGGUUUCAUCGUCCGUAUUCCCGACAAUCUCCCACUGGAUGCUGCAGCGCCGCUACUCUGCGCCGGGGUCACAGUCUACUCCCCACUCAAGUCUCACGGGCUAGACAAGCCCGGUAUGCACAUUGGUGUGGUGGGACUAGGCGGUUUAGGUCACGUAGCUGUGAAAUUCGCUAAGGUUAUGGGUAUUAAGGUUACCGUUAUAAGUACUUCGGAUAGGAAGAGAGACGAGGCGAUUAGUCGGCUUGGUGCGGAUCAGUUCUUGGUGAGCCGUGAGCCGGAACAGAUGAAGGAUGCAAUGGGAACUAUGGAUGGUAUCAUCGAUACCGUAUCUGCGACUCAUCCGCUUCUUCCGCUGCUUGGUUUACUUAAGUACAAGGGAAAACUUAUUAUGGUUGGUGCACCCGAGAAACCACUCGAGCUUCCCGUUUUGCCUCUCAUCUUUGGGAAGAAGAUGGUGGAGGGAAGUAUGAUAGGAGGGAUAAAGGAGACUCAAGAGAUGAUAGAUUUGGCCGGAAAACACAACAUCACGGCGGAUAUUGAGCUAAUCUCUGCGGAGUAUGUCAACACAGCCAUGGAACGGCUCGCGAAGGGCGACGUUAGGUACCGUUUUGUGAUUGAUGUUGCCAACACAUUGAAGCCUACUCCUUAAACUAAAAAACUUCAGAACAUGAAUUACCCGAAGCUUUUUUUCUUGUUUGGUUUGUUGUAAUAAUUAAGUCCCGUGUUGUUUGGUGAGGACUUUAUGUGUGUAGUACUACUACGUACGUAUUAUGCUUUCAUUUAUCAAUUUAAUAAAACUUGAAUAUUAUAUGUUUGCUUUUGGUAAUAUAUUCAAAGUUUAUCAAAAAAUAAAAAAUAAAAGAUUUAAGAAAGC